AUGAUGGCUGAGAGCUCUUUCCAUACCACUAGCUCGGAUAAAGCAGAAUUCAAAGAUCUACUCCAUAAAGCACAAAAUGUAGUUGUCCUGACUGGAGCUGGUUGUAGUGCUGAAAGUGGCAUCCCCACUUUUCGCGGUUCUGGCGGCUUGUGGAGGACUUUCAGAGCUCAGGACCUAGCGACGCCAGAAUCGUUUGCAAGAAAUCCCUCGUUAGUUUGGGAGUUUUACAGUUACAGGCGUGAAGUUGUUUUGACAAAACAGCCAAACAAAGCCCAUUAUGCCAUUGCUGAAUUUCAGAGGAGCCUUAAAGGAGAAGGAAGGAGUGUGACUGUUAUCACUCAGAAUAUUGAUGAAUUGCAUCAAGCAGCAGGCGCUAAAGAUGUUUUAGAGCUUCAUGGUUAGAGUACUUAAUCCCUUGUGUCAUACAUCAAGAAGUAAUGCAUGCCAUGAUAAUGUAUCGCUCUAAUCAAAGUUUCAACAUACCCCCUAGGCAUACCCCUGGCAUUUGACAUGUUUUCCUUGCCUGGCCGGGGGAAUAGAAUGUGAUAGUAAUUAUCAAAUUCUAUCCCAGGGGGUGGGGAACACGAUUCCGAUGCAUAGUAAGGGGUGGGAAAUAUAAGGCCUAGCCUUGAUUUCUUGUGGUAUGUCUAGACCCCUCAAUGAGGAGAGAUAAAUCAUCACAUAGGCCAACAUUGCUAGUUUUGGAUGACUGAUACACAUAAAUUCAGUAUAAUUUUUUCAUCCCUCACAUGAAAUUAACAGGCACAGUAUUUAGUGGCAUACUUCAUGAGAAAAGCAAUAUAAAAAUUAUAUUACCCAAUAGAAAGUAAAUAACCUUCAUGAGAUGAUAUUUAUCUUUUUUAUCUGACCUACAUGUAGGUACCCUGUUCAAGACCAGAUGCACCUCUUGUGGUCAUGUAACAGAAAACCGGAGGAGCCCAAUAGUUCCAGCCUUAGAGGGAAAGGGGUAAGAUGCCUAUAUCAAUAUUUUGCAGUGUAAAAUGAAAUUCAGGACAUAUACUUAAUGGUUUCAACCUAGAUUGAUUUUCAGUUUCCUAACCCUAAUAUUAUUCAUGAUGAUCAUGAAUAACACACAAUAGUUUUAGAAGACAAAGGAAACUGGGAAAUCAAAAUAUCCCUGACUUCAAUUUUGACCUGUAACAUAAUAAUUAUAUCAUUUUAUUUCCACUUUUUUAAUUAAUUUUUUUGUUGUUAUUAAAUCCAGAGCCCCAGAUCCUGAUGCUCAAGAUGCCAAAAUCCCAGAGGAAGACUUGCCUAGGUAUGAAAAACUGUUCAAAUGAUCCACCAGAUUAGUUACAAACCCUUUUUGAGGGUUUAAAAUAAGUUUUGAGUUGGGAGUGAAGCUGAAGGCAUAGAGCACAAUAGUCAUUUCAAGUCUUCAAAAAAUUGAAUUGACAGAGAAUUUCACCAUGCAUACAUCUCUGUUUCAUUUCAUCAAAAUAUUGUUUGGAUGUAGCAUUAAAUUAAUCAGCCCUGAAGGGUAACAAGAGUAUGAAAAUCAGAAAUCAUAUUUUUGGUUUACCUGCAGAUGUGAUCAACCCAACUGUAGGGCAUUAGUUCGUCCCCAUGUGGUGUGGUUUGGAGAGGGCCUUGAUCGUGGUGUAUUAAAUGCAGUUGAUCAAGCCUUGGACAAAUGUGAUAUGUGUCUUUUG